ACGAGCUUUUUUAUUGUUAUCUUGGAGCCGAUAGUUCGUGGUGAAACGAGGCUGUCUGAUGAGACAUUCGGCCCAAACUAUAGCCAGUGCAUGCCGUAAUGUUAUUUUAGAAUUAACGUUAAUAUUAUAUGUGUUUUAUAGGUCACUGAAGUAGCAAUAGCUGUAACGUUAGUUUAAUGCCAACUCCCAACGACAAAUGAUAAACAAACGCACCAACACAUCUGUCCCGCUAACUUAGCCACCACUGACCAUUGUAGUGUAUCCGUUCGCGAACAAUAUUUCUUUCUACCGCUUUAAUGACAUUCUAUGCGGGCUAAGACGAUAACGUUAAUCUGUUUCGAGCACAUAUAUAGGCACUAACGUUACCCGAGUACGUGCAUUAUGUUGUUGUUAGCGAAGUGCGCAAUGCCGUUUCUGCUAGCUCGCUAGCUCACGCCAGGAGACAGCUUGUUUACAUCAACGCGCUCUAGCAUGGCGUCUGCUAAGAGCGAAACACAGCUAACGUGAGCUAACAUGACAAAGUCGGAGGCAAGGUGGUCCUUGAUGUCUUGCUAGGAACAGAUGAACAUGGAAGAAGAAUCCCAAAGUACCUGAUUCACUUCAAUGGUUGGAACAGGAGCUGGGAUCGUUGGGCUGCAGAGGAUCAUGUCCUAAGGGACACCGAGGAAAACCGAAAAUUACAACAUAAACUGGCUCGCAAAGCUCUGGGUCGCAUGAAGAGAAAGGGAUGGGCGAAGAGGCGCCGUCGUCAGUCUGGUACUAAAUCCUCUCUGAAGACUCUCCCCAAGGAGGACGACAGUGAUGACGCGUGUUUGAUUUCGUCGUCAGAGAGCAGUGACGGCGACGAUUCUGACCCCGAGUCUUCAAAUAGCGGGGAAAGCACCUUCUCUGAGGAUAUCAACAAAAUGAGGGUUGAACCGGACGUUAAUGUAAAGAGGGAAUGUGAGGAGAAGAUCGUCCAUGUUGACAUCAACAUCCCAGAUGUUCUGAAGAAGAAGCUGGAGGACGACUGCUUUUACAUCAACAAGAGGAAGAAGCUGGUGAUGGUUCCCUGUCAGACGAAUGUGGUGCACAUCUUAGAGUCCUAUGUCAAACACUUUGCCAUCAACAAAGCAUUCAUGGCCAAUGAGAGGUACCGGCGUCAGCAGAACACCACACAGAGCAGCAGCCCACAGCCCAUCCCUCCGGAGAAGAGCGAGGAGUUGUGUAAGGAGAUGGUCGAUGGCCUGAGGAUCACGUUCGACUUCACCUUACCCAUGAUCCUUCUCUAUCCCUGUGAGCAAGCUCAGUUCAAAAAGGUCAGCUCCUCCAGGGUUUUCAUGGCCAUCAAUGAAAGCUCACCCUGCUCCAGCAAUGCCCAACGGGAGCGCAGCCCGAGCCCGCUGGGGCACAAUCCACCCACCCCCCAGUCCACAGACAGCCAACCAGCCCUGAGCGACAUCUCUGCCACCACACCCACUGCACCAGCCCCCACCCCGAAGCGCCGGCGCCACCCUGACAUGGACUGCAUCUCGUACCAAUCGCAGUCACUCAGACGCUCCACGAGGAACACAUCUGGAGGUGACCGGCCAGCUGAAGGAAGCAGUGGAGGUGGGGGCAGUGCCACAGCGUCCCCGCAGCUCAAACGCAGAUUGAUUGACCCCUCAGCCCAGCCCAAGUUCUUCCUCAACCUUGACAGAAAAACCCCUGUGCACAGCGGCUCAUCUUCCCCAUUGCCCUUGACGCCAAGCAAAGAGCGAAGCGGGCCUUUCUAUGGCCUGGAGAGCCGGAGAAACAAUGAGCUAAACGAGGUCCUUAGUUGGAAGCUGACUCCUGAUAACUACCCUCUGAAUGACCAGCUUCCACCACCCUCCUACUUGUACGGAGCACAGCAUCUCCUGCGGCUUUUUGUGAAGCUUCCUGAGAUCCUUGGAAAGAUGCAGAUCCCCGAGAGGAAUCUGCGAGCCCUGGUCAAGCAUUUGGAACUCUUUCUCAGGUUUAUGGCCGAGUUCCACGAGGAUUUUUUUCCUGAGUCUGCAUAUGUGUCAGCGUCGGAGGCCCACUACAGCAUGAAACAACCGAGGCCGGUUUAUUGAAGGAAACGUCGGCCAUUGUAUUUCCUUCCUUUGCUUGUCUCUACUCUGACCUACCCCUCAGUUUCUCCAGACUGACCCGUCUGGGCUCCUGGACAGAGGACUGAGUAACAGCUGUAUUGUUUUCCUGGACCAACCUUGCUUCUUCUCCUCUGGCCUAACGUUAGUCUUCCUGCUGUUGCCGUGUGGAACCAGAUGCUUCUUCCAUGCCACUAACCCUCACCCAUGCGCUGUUUUGUGGGCCUGUCCUGCUUGUCAAGCCGCCGUGCGCUGCUUUGCUUCAAUGUACUGCUCCAAGGCAUGUCGAGUGUUGUGUGUUGGGCAUGCUCUGCCUGUUUGUAGGCCUCAUAUAGGGCAGGUAUCGGCAUUUUUGUUACCUGGUCUACACACCAGGCUAAGGCUGAAAAUGUCUCCAAGAGGCCAAAAUGAGACAGUUUUGAGUCACUCAGAUGUGGAAGCAGACACAGUUAAAGCUGUCUGGUUCCCUUUGUCUCCCGCUCUGACUUUGUUGCUCCUCAUAGCCACAGUUUGGAAAUAUUGUGGCUUAUUAAAACAAGAGAAAUGGGAAAACACAGAUGGAACUGCCUCAUUUGUUUUGUUCUACCUGGCCAAUAGACUUAUUUUGGAGACUUUGGUUUGCCUGUUUGGUUGCUUGGCUCCCCAUUAUGUAGUGACUUUAAAGCACCUCCCAUGCAGCGUCACCAGUGAUCAUCUUCCUGAUAUGACUCUUCUAAUGAUCCAGUAGGACUUUGCCUCCAUUUUUCUGGAGAUGCUUCGCUGCCUUCCCCGAGCAUUCCUGCUUUUCAGACUCCUUCAAACUUUCUAUCAAAAAUGUUGUUUUCCCUGUGGAUUUGACACUUUUUGAUGUGUAAUGUCCACUGAGCGUGCAUCAGAGAUUUGACUCGUUCCUUGAGCAUGUCUGAUAAAUGUCAGCUUUUUUCCAAUGUUUUUUCUUUUCCUGUUUGUUCCUUUCACUGUUGCCAUCUUCUAACAAAAAGAAUAAUGCACAAUGGCAAAUGUGCUGUGUGUAACAAAUCAGAGUGAACCAUAUGUUGCUCCUUUAUAUCCAUACACAGAGCAAUGUUUCAGUGUCUGAAUUUAAUGGUAAUCUUUAUCAGUAGGUGAUCUAAAGUCGUAAAAAACUUGCGUCUUUGUGUAACAGAAAGAUUGGACAAUCACUUGAAUGUGGCAAAAACAAGAUUAACAUACAUUGACAGCAUAGCGACUGACGCCAUUUGCUAUACAUUUUCUAAGAAAUGGAAACAAAUUACUUGUAAAUACACCAAAAGUGAUUCUUUUAUAGUUACUUGUCAUAUUGGGAAAAUGUAAAUAGUAAGCACCUGUUGAUCAGAAUGUUAUUUAUUUGUCUUUGUGCAACAAUGGGUCAUGUUCAUAUGUUGUUUGUUGAAUUGGUUCUAAAAUAACUGACAAUGCCAUCUGCAGACCUAAAACUGUUGUUACUGCUGCUGUUACUUGAACAAAUCUAUCCCUCUUAACCAUAUGUGUCAAACUGAUCCAGUAAAGGGCCAUGUGGCUGCAGGUUUUCAUUCCAACCAAGCAAGAACACACCUGAUUUGGAUCAGAUCAAAACCUGCAGCCACAUGGCCCUUUACUGGAUCAGUUUGACAGCACUGCUCUAAACAGUAUCAUAUAAAUUGUUGUAUUGUAACACACUUGUACAUAUAAUAAAAUGUAUCUGUUUCCUGUGUUAUGUACAGAGGCUUUUCGUGUAGCCUGCUAGAACUUUUCUACUGUGUUCAUUUUCAGAGAUGUCAGUUUUCUUUAGCUCUGUUAAAUAAAGACUUUCUGAAGUUCAUCA